CGCGACUGUCGCUCACGUUUGGUGGGCGCUCGAGUCGCAACUUGGCACCUGGCAAGAACACCCGCGCAGAGCAAACCGGAAGUGGUAUUAUCUAGAUCCGGAACAGCUUCCGGCAAACACGCGCAACGCUCGCCGUACGAUAGACCGAUGGCUGACGACGCUGAACAGACUCCCGCAACUGCGGUGGAGGAGCCGCUCGACCUGAUCCGGCUGAGCUUGGAUGAGAAAAUCUAUGUCAAGAUGAGGAACGAGCGGGAAUUGCGCGGCAGAUUGCACGCGUACGACCAGCAUCUGAACAUGAUCCUGGGCGAUGUAGAGGAGACGGUGACCAGCGUGGAAAUUGACGAGGAAACUUAUGAAGAAGUGUACAAGAGUACCAGGAGGUCCAUUCCUAUGCUGUUUGUACGUGGAGAUGGCGUCAUACUGGUGUCUCCUCCGGUCCGAACAACAACCUGAACGCGCAUUGCGUGUUCUGCAGUCAGCUCGAACCAUGGCCAUAAUCACUCAAUAAAUGUAAGCGUUCACAAAAGAA